CGGGGCUGGUUUAUUCUAAUAACGAAACGACCAACCCGGAAAAAAAGACAACUGUUCUGUAAUCCGAUCACACAAACAAACAGACGACAGUGUGGGAACCUGGUGCACGCCGGCUUUGUUCAUAUAGGGGCUGUUUGUAAAACUUAUUUAAACUUUGUGUAACAUGCUCGUUAUUUACCCAACUCGGGUCUGUCCUCUGAGCUCCGGAGCCGUGCGGGGCGCUGGCUGUGGCGCACACUGACUCUCCACAGUGGUGACAUGUGAUAGCAGCAGCAUGCCGUACUUUGACCGGCUGAACCGUGUAUGUGGCUUCCUGGACAUCGAGGAGAAGGAGAACAGCUGCCGCUUCCAGAGGCGAUACUUCAUCCUCGACACGCAGGAAAAUGCUCUGCUGUGGUAUAUGGACAACCCUCAGAACCUGCCCAGUGGAGCUAGCUUUGUUGGCAGCCUGAAACUAACCUACAUCUCUAAGGUGAGUGAAGCUGCAGCAAAGCAAAAGCCCAAGACAGAGUUCUGCUUUGUCAUCAACGCAGUUUCCCGGAGGUAUUUCCUCCAAGCCAACGAUGUGACUGACAUGAGGGACUGGGUGGAAGCUCUCAACAAGGCCAGCAAGAUCACUGUUCCUAAGCCUGGCCCUGCUCCUCCGAGGUCCGUGGUGGCCGCAGUAAUCAGCGACACUCAAGGAGGGAAGAGACAACAGGCCUACAAGGCCGAGAUCAUCGGUGGCGUGGUGGUGCACACUCCCAUCCAGAAUGAGAGCGAAGAGACAGAAGGGAGAGAGAGGAAGGGCAACAGGCCAGGCGUGCUGAGGUGCGGUUACUGUGUCAAACAAGGAAAUGUGAGGAAGAGCUGGAAGAGGAGGUUUUUCACCCUGGAUGACAAUGCAGUCAGUUACUACAAGUCUGAGACGGAUAAGGAGCCUCUCCGAGCUAUUCAACUGAGAGACAUUCAGAAGGUCCAUGAAUGUCUCGUCAAGUCAGGGGAUCUUCUGCUGAGAGACAACCUGUUUGAGAUCAUCACCGGCUCCCGAACCUUCUACAUUCAGACAGAUUCUCCAGAGGAGAUGCAUGGCUGGAUCAGGGACAUUGAGAUGAAGAUCCAGGACUUCAGAGGUCCCCCUAAGGGUUUUUCAUUUAAACGUGCGUCCUCUCUCUAUCGAAGUCACAACGCCUCCUCGGCGUCUCGGGGUCAACAGAACGAUGAGCGCAGACCUACACUGGUCAAGUCCUGCUCUGUGGCACCAGGCUGGCAGCCCUGGACGCCUGUCCCUCCGGGUGAGCCCUCCAUCCUGGAUACAGAGGAUGAUGACAGCGCCUUCAGCUCUGUGACCACCUUACCUUCUCUCUCCUCCUCCUCCACUUCCUCCUCCACCUCCUCCUCCUCCAACUCCCUCUCUGCCCCAAACCCUUGCCCCAGCGCACCUCCAGCAGCUUCAACCAGUGGACUGGGGAUCCUCACAGCAUCAGGAGAUGUGGCCAGCGGGCGUCGGAGGCACCGCUCGCAGCCUCAGCCUCACAGCGGCUGCAGCUUUCCCUUCAGCCUGGACGACGACAGCAUCCGCACCACAGAUGUAUAGGUUCACCAGAGUCUGUUUAGACUCCUGUGUGGACUUGUGUGUUGGUACCUGCUUUAAAAUGAAUGUGACUGGUAAUAAUAGUAUUCCCUGCUAAUGAAGUGACACUGUGACCAUCUGCCUCAACGCCAUGACGUGAGAUUGGGGCCUCCUGCUGGACAUGUAGCUGUAUUACAGAUGAAGGAUGCACCCAGCUGGAAGGGGACCAACAGGCGCAGUGUUUGUUCACAGGACUGUGAAGAAGUACGAUGGAGUAUUUUUAGUGCAACUUCCUCUGAAAACUUGAAUGAUCUUGUAGUUAAUUGUUCUUGCAGACUUACAAGUUAUGGCACAUGCUUUCAAUCUGUUGCACUUGGCUCCCCUUGGAGAUACAACAUCAAGAACGUGUUUUCACCCCUGCUGGAGGUAUUCAACAAGUGUUUAAAGGCAUUUAAACACAUGAGUAUCAAUAAUUUUUAUAUUCAAGCUUAUGUUCUUAAAGUACUUCAAAAUAAUUAGUCUGUUUAGUUUCUUUUGAGCCCAGCAGUGUUUUUCCCUCUUUCCUCCCGAGACACACAUUAUGUUACCUUCAUUAAUAAUUAACAAGCAUUUUAUUACUAACAUCUAAUCAGGUGUCUGGGGGAAAGUGUAAGUGUACGUCUCAUAAAAAUGGUACAUGCACUCACAGGCUCUUCUGAUGUCAGCAGCAGCUUUUAUGUGUUUGCACUAUGUUUUAAAACAGGAGCUUUUAAUACUCAGCCUAAAGAUAAAUCAUCAGUAAACAUAUGCGGAUUAUGAAACAGUGGGCCUCUGGGCACAGACAUGUAGACUGCCCCACCACCUCUCCUACACAGGAGCAAGAAACUCAGAGUCGUUCAGCCUCUUUUUGUUGUCGCUUUGCAUCUCUUUGCAGUUGCUUUGUGUCUCUUUGUUGUCAUUUUGAGUCUCUCUUGUCAUUUUCUCUUUGUGCUUAUUCCCCUUUUCGUAGUCUGUAUAAGUCUCUAUGUUCCUCUUUGCAGCUGUUGGUAUCUUUGUAGUAAUUUUGUGUCUCUUAAUGGUCAUUUUGAGUCUCUUUGUAGUUGCGUUGAGUCUCUUUGUAGUCAUUUUGAGUCUCUUCUCAUUUUCUCUGUGUUUAUUCCCCUAUUCUUUGUCUAUGAGUCAGCUUGUGUCUCUGCAGCUGUAUUGCAUCUCUUUGUAGUUGUUUUGUGUCUCUUAGAGGUCGUUUUGAGUCUCUUUGUAGUUUCUCUGCACUCUUUGUAGUCAUU